CGUUUUGGAGUAAGAUAUCGAGCGUGACAGCUGUCAUAUCAAGACACGGUCAUUUUUUUCUAUGCCUAGGCUGGCCAAUUAGGAAAUCAACUAACCGCAUUUGUUUGAUUGCGAAUUAAUUACGUUUAAGCUGUGUUUAUAAAUAAACGUUGUAAAGGAUGACAAUGGGCGAUGAGACUCCAGUUACAUCGCUGGUCUUACCUGUUGUUAUAAAACCAAUAUUAAUGAAGCUGGAGAGACAAAAUGGAAUAGCAGCUCAAACACUACGCACAGCUUUAUUGAAAGCUGAAAAGUCUCAUCCAGGAAUUGCACAUGACUUAAUUCUUGGUAUAAUACGACGGGCAGAGCUUGAUCUUGAUAUGAAUGAGAGUGUUUUAAGAUUACAAGGAGCAGCUUCUGAUUAUGAUGGUAUAGAAUAUAGAUCGGCUAGACCUGAGGACGCUUUCCAAGAACUGAAUCGCAAAUCAACUUCCUUGAAAAGAAUACUUAGCAGAAUUCCUGAUGAAAUAACAGAUCGAAAAACCUUUCUUGAAACAAUUAAAGAAAUUGCAAGUGCAAUAAAAAAGCUAUUAGAUGCAGUAAAUGAAGUAACCGCAUUUAUUCGUGGUUCUGCUGGAAAGCAGGCAUUGGAUCAAAGAAAAAGAGAAUUUGUUAAAUACAGUAAAAGGUUUAGCAAUACAUUAAAAGAAUUUUUUAAAGAAGGACAAGCAAAUGCAGUAUUUGUAAGUGCAUUAUAUUUGAUACAUCAAACAAAUAUGAUAAUGCUCACAGUAAAGGACAAAUGUGAGUAAUGAAUGCUCUGUUAAAUAACAUUUCUGCAAUAAUAAAAUAAGUUACAAUUAU